AUGCAUGUCACCACAGCAAGAUUCCUGGGCGUCUCUCAGGCUCUCUGGCCCUUCUUCGCCUUCGCAUCCCCGUUACAGCGCGGCUCGGAUGAGAAGUCAAUCACUAAAGAACAACAGGAGCAAAUCAGGGACAACUACUUGGCACUCUGGGGCGGUGACUAUACCCUCUCUGAUAAAGUUCUGUCAUCGGGUGUGACAUUGAAUAUUGACCGACAUCCAACUGCUAAUGGGAGUGCCCCUGUCAUCGUCAACAACUCCAAGGAAUUCAUGGACUUCCUCAAGUGGUCUCGAACUGGGUGGGAGAAGUUUGCCUUCAAGGUAGUCCACUGGGCUGCGGAUGGGCACAAUAUUGCCAUUCGCUGGAAAUUAGAGGCGGUCAUGGGGGAAGAUUAUAGUGCACCAACGAGAGCCGCUGCUGAUGAUCACCACUGCGCCCGUGGCAGUACCCUCAAGCCUGGUGACCACGUUACGUACAACGGGACAGACUUUCUUGUCCUGAAUAAAUGUACCGGCCUGGUAGACGAAGUAAACAUUGCCCAGGACAUCAUGAAUUUAUUCCACGCUCUUGGGAUGACUUCUGUUCCAGUUUAA